CCCCGGUCCAGAACAGAAAGCACUAAUGGUUUCUUCUUAGGGGAUGGCUCGUAUAACAUGGGUUACGGAAGGAACAGUGUCCUGGACAAUACUCCGUAGGUGGGCCAACAAGAGGCGAGUUCUGCGAGUUCUGCGAGUUCGCCCCUGAAGACUUGUUGCUCCUUCAGCAACACGCAAGCGUCACGGAGGAGUUAAAACAUUUCCCAGGAUCAAGGGUCCAGUGGCACGUUAUCCAUGAUUAGCUAUUCCUACGCUGUGUAUAUCAUUUCAGACUGCCCGUUGGACCAAUUCUAAAUCCUUCGACUGAGUCCUUCCGAACUCUUUUCAGCCUGGCCCCCAAACUCCGCUACCACCACUACGACAGUGGUGCGGUGAUCAGGACUACAUGGCAGGGACACUGCCACCCAUCUUCCCCAUCACGGCGGACGAUCACGGCGGGUAUGUCGCUGUCUCGGUGUAUACGCUGCUUUGCUUGACUCUCGUGUUAGUCGUUGCGCGGCUGUUUACUCGAUGGUAUAUCGCAAGAGUCAUCCACGCGGACGACAUACUCCUCGGCGUGGCGAUGGGCCUUGCAAUAUUCCAAAGCGCAUUCGUUCAACUGGCAAUCGACCACGGACUCGGAAAACGGAUCAGCACUGUCUCGACUGGCGAGUAUGACGCAUUUCAGAAGUAUAUCUAUGCGACCCAAAUCCUCCUGAUCGCCACCGUCACCUGCAGCAAGCUCUCGCUCUCGCUCCUCUUCCGCACGUUGACGGCUGAAGGAAGCUUGAAGUAUACUGGCCAUGCCGUGAUCGCCGUCAUUAUACUGUGGGCAGUGUCCUCGAUAUUUGCCCUCGCUUUUCGGUGCUCAUUGCCUCAUCCGUGGAUAUAUUCCCAGACACGUUGCAUCGACCAGGGCGCACUUGUAACGGCCAUCGGGGUAGUGAAUAUCUUGACUGACAUCUUGUUGGUUUUGAUUCCUUGCAUUGUACUUCACCAAGUGCAAAUUACCAGGUCGAAGCGGCUGAGGAUCAUGGCCAUGCUUGCCACUCGUUUUCUGGUCUGCAUCGCGACUGGACUGGAGAUCCACUAUGCGCUUAUUGCGCUCCAUGAUUCUGACCGAACAUGGGCGAGUAUCGCUUCAGUGAUAUGGGAUCAGGCUAUGAUGAAUCUCAGCAUCAUCACGACAGCCGUUCCCUCCCUCGGCCGCCUCGUUGUCGAGCUCAAGCCCAGCCUUAACGCGUUCACCUUCACCAAACAGCACACGUACUCGCCGAACACGAACUACAUCGUUUCAUCGAUGUCUAGCCACUUCAGAAGUGAACAGCGCAACAUGGGCGAGGACCUGGGUACUCGUACCUCCGUCCACGGGCGUGGGCAAUCACACAAAGAAGACUCGGACAGUACCAAAGAGCUGGUAAUGGGAGAGCCCGCGCAGCAGAUGUCGAUCACGAAAACGGUUGAUUUCGAGAUACGAUAAAUCUACCUGGCUAUACAUGUACAACAGUCUAGACAACGAUAUUAAUGAUGUAUAUGGAUAUACGGAGUAUAACUAGAGUUAUUGCAUCA